ACCCGGCUUUAAACCUCUUUAUAUACUCAUCUUCUUCCAUUUUUCAUUACUCAUUCUCUCAACUCAACUCUCUCUCUCUCUUUAUCACUUUACACACUUUCCGUCUCUCUCUCUAAAAAAAUGGCAUUACUCACUCACAUUGUCUUCUUCUUCUUCACUUUCCUAACCUCAACUCUUCUCAGCUCCUCUUCACCAGUACCAGACCCAGAACUUGUAGUAGAAGAAGUCCACAAGAGUAUUAUUAAUGCCACUCGAGCACGAAGGAACUUGGGUUACCUAUCUUGCGGAACGGGUAACCCGAUCGACGAUUGCUGGAGAUGCGAUCCGAAUUGGGAGAAGAACCGACAGAGAUUAGCAGAUUGCGCAAUCGGUUUCGGUAAAAAUGCGAUCGGAGGAAGAGACGGAAGGAUUUACGUCGUUACUGAUUCUAGCGAUAACGAUGUUGUGAACCCAAAGCCAGGAACACUCCGUUACGGCGUGAUCCAAGACGAGCCGUUAUGGAUAAUCUUCGCUAGAGAUAUGGUGAUUAAGCUUAAAGAGGAAUUAAUCAUGAACUCUUUCAAGACAUUAGACGGUCGAGGAGCCAGCGUCCACAUUGCCGGUGGACCUUGUAUAACGGUUCAGUUCGUGACGAACAUUAUUAUCCACGGUUUGAAUAUUCAUGACUGUAAACCAGGUGGUAAUGCUAUGGUGAGAGACUCCCCACACCAUUUUGGGUGGAGAACUAUAUCUGACGGUGAUGGUGUGUCGAUCUUUGGUGGAAGCCACGUGUGGGUUGAUCAUUGCUCCUUGUCUAACUGCCAAGAUGGUUUAAUCGAUGCAAUUCAUGGGUCCACUGCUAUAACACUCUCGAAUAAUUACAUGACGCACCAUGAUAAGGUUAUGUUGUUGGGUCAUAGCGAUUCUUAUACUCAAGACAAGAACAUGCAAGUCACUAUUGCUUUUAACCAUUUUGGUGAAGGCCUUGUUCAAAGAAUGCCAAGAUGUAGGCAUGGUUAUUUCCACGUGGUGAACAAUGACUACACCCAUUGGGAGAUGUAUGCCAUUGGAGGAAGUGCAAACCCUACUAUUAAUAGUCAAGGAAAUAGAUUUCUUGCUCCAAAUAACAGAUUCAGUAAAGAGGUGACUAAACAUGAGGAUGCACCAGAAAGUGAGUGGAAGAAUUGGAAUUGGAGAUCAGAAGGAGAUUUAAUGGUAAACGGUGCGUUUUUCACAGCCUCAGGAGCUGGAGCUUCUUCGAGUUAUGCUAAGGCAUCUAGCUUGGGAGCUAGACCAUCUUCACUUGUUGGUACUAUUACCACUAAUGCGGGUUCACUUAUUUGCCGUAAGGGCUCUCGUUGCUGAUUGUGACCCUUUUUCCUUCUCUUAACCAAAAGUAAAGAAGGAAACUUUUUAUAUGGUAGACCAAUCAAUGGUGGGAAGUUUUUUUAUGAAGAAAAAAGAAAAAAAAAAUUAAAAAGAAAAGGAAGGUCAAUCUCUAUAGAAGAUUUACUUUUCCCUUUGGCUUCUUUUUAUUUGCCUCUAUUCUUCUCUCCAAUUUUUUGUUUUUCCAUUUUUACCCUUUGAUACUACCCCUAUCUUUUUUUUUUUUUUUUUUAUUGUAACCCAAUGUUAUGAUGAUUACAACCUCGGCCUGUUUUUUUCACUCUUAGAACCAUUUUCAUUGAUGAUUCUUUUGUUGAGAAUCUUUGAUCAUGGGCUAAGAAAAAAAGCUAGUGCAAGAAGUGUUGUUGAUAAUAUACUAAAUUAUUAUUAUCUGUUUAA